AUGUUGACGGAAAGAAGAAGUCAAACAGCAACGCGGCUGCCGGAGAGCAGCAGCAGCAGCAGCAGCAGCAGCAGCAGCAGGAAGAGCUGCUGCUGCAGCGCGACGGACUCGGUGCUGGCUGCGCUGCGCAGCAAGCGCAUGCAGGACAAGUGCUGCUGCGCACUGGAAGAAGCAAAAGAGCUGCUGCUGCUGCUGUGGGGCCAGCUGCUGCUGCUGCUGCAGCAGCUGCUGCGGUGUAUCGACAGCGUGGCCCCCAGCAAGCUCUCCGGAUUCGCUUCUUCCGAGAAGUUUCACUUCUUUAAAAAGGACUUUCGAAUUCUAAUUGCUUCUCCGCUUUUCUGGCUGCUGCUGCUGCUCGCCAGCCUUUCUGCUGCUGCUGCUGCAGUCCCCGCGCUGCUCUGGGCUGCUGCUGCUCCGCUGCUGCUGCCCUUCACCGACUUCGUCACUUUUUGCUGCUCUCCAAAUGAAAAGAAAUUCAAAAAUAAAGUCAUUUGGGUCACUGGAGGCACGAGCGGGAUCGGGUUGGCGCUGUGUCAGCAGCUGUCUGUACACCCCGUGAAAGGACUCAUCAUCACCGGGCGUUCUUUUGCAAAAUUAGAAAAAGCAAAAAAAGAAAUUUUGGACUUUUGCAAAACUCACAAAGGUUCUUUGCAGGAGCAGGACUUGCUGCUGCUGCCCCUCGACCUUUCCAAGGGGCUCAGGCCCGACCCCCAGCAGCAGCAGCAGCAGCAGCAGCAGCAGCAGCAGCAGCAGCAGCAGCAGGAGGAUCCUUGGCAGCGCACCGUCGAUCAGGCAAUCAACUGGAGGGGCGGCGUCGACAUUCUCUUCAACAACGCGGGCCGCAUUGCCAUAGGUUGCUUCCCGCCGACGGAGACUUUCGCGGAAGUCUUCGACGCGAAUUUCCUCUCCGCCGUCAGCAGCAGCAGCAGCAGCAGCAGCAGCAGCAGCAGCAGCAGCAGCAGCAGCAGCAGCGAAGGCGGCGGAGGCGGAGGCGGGGCGGCGGCGGCGGCGGGCGGCGGCGGUGCUGCUGCUGCUGCUGCUGCAGCAGCCGCAGCGACAAACGGCGAACCGCAGCAGCUGCAGCAGCAGCAGCAGCAGCAGCAGCAGCAGCAGCAGCAGCAGCAGCAGCAGCAGGUUUGUGUGUGCGCGCAGCUUACUUUGGCUUUGGAGGAUUUAAUGCUUAUGCCACCAGCAAAGCAGCUCUUUUGUCCUUCACCAAUUUGCUGCGCCGUAAGAUUUAUUUAUUUUUAA